AUGAUCACAUUUCUAGCUGGCUUGGAUUACAACAUCAUUAUGUCCACUUUUGUCUUCUACCUUAAAGAUUUAGUAAAAACAGAUCGUCCACACUUAUGCUAUGCCAUCUUGCUAGGCGUUUUCUCCGUCAGUGCAACUUUAACAGGAGGGUUUGGCGGUCGCUAUGUUGAUCGAACUAGAAAUUUAAAAAUAUAUACCAACGCAGUGCUAGCGUUAAUUUUAAUUGGUAAUCUUUUAUAUUCUGUUUACCUUCAUCCAGCAUUUUUGAUUAUUGGACGGUUGCUUGCAGGUGUGGGAGAUCCAUUUAUGAGUGUAUGUGCCGGAGAAUUAGUUCGCCUAUAUAGUAGAGAAGAAGCAACAAGUGCGAUUUGGGUUAUGACGACAGCAUAUGCCAUGGGGUUUACUGUUGGUCCUGCUUUUGGAAUUAUAUUUAAAGGAGUUAAUUUCAAAAUAGGAUCGUUUAUUGUUACCUACUUGAAUUUCAUUGGAAUAUUUGUUGCAGGGGUGACAUUCGUUACACUUGUAAUGUCAAAUAUGCUUUUACCUAACAAACUUCUUGAACUAAAGGAUUUAGUAAAAAAUAUGCCAGAGAAAAGUAGCAAAAUAGCAAACUGUGAUACUGAUAAAAAGGGUCUCACAAGAGAUGAGAUAGUAGCUCCAAAAGAAAAUAAUAAUCAUGUAGAAACUUUGCCAACCAAACAGGUUUUCUCAAACUGCAUUGCUAUGUACAGCAGCUUUAGCUUGGAUAUGUUGUUUCCACUUCUAGUCGAUGAUAUACUAAAAUGGAGUCAGUUUGCUUUAAGCGCCAUGCUUGUCACAAGCUCAGUUUCUUACUUUUUCAUAUUAUGCACGUUGGUUAAGAUCUGUACUACUGAUAAACGAACAUACUACACAAUUAUUUUUUGUUUAUGUUGUAUGUUAAUCAAUUUCAGCGUGAUAUUCGAACUGAAGGUAUUAGCACGCGAUGUUAGAAGAGAUAUAAUUUUAAUGGUGGGAUUUGUUAUAGCAUACACGCUUGUUUGGCUACCAAUACAGGUCCUUUUGAAAAGCAUGGUAGCAAAAUUAAUUCCGCCAAAGAUUCAAAGUUUUUCACAAGGCUUGAUCGCAGGUAUAAUGAGACUUGCCAUGAUAAUUCCUGCAUUUACCACUCCACUUUUAAUGCCUUGGAUACAUAUUUGGGCUCUCACGUUGUUUGUUAUUGUUACCAUCAAUAUAAUGGUAUUCAUUAUGAGAAGAAAAUCGUUGGCAAACAUUAGAGUUAUUUCUGUAAAUAAUAAUAAAUUAUAA